AUGGACACAAUGCUUUAUGAGACCGCGGGUAUUGCCUGGCCUGGCAGCGGAAUCGAUCGUCUGCAGCCUCUCUUGGGGGAUGUUUGGGCAAAGCCGGGGGAAGACGUGGUCCGAAUAAACCCAAGAGGAGAAGGGGGUGAGGUAUUCCCGAGAGAGCGAGGGAGGGAGGGGGGUCACAGUGUGUCAGAGAGGGAGGGAAGGGGCUGUGGCGCUGGCUACGCCCGCUCUCGCCGCCUCUACACGCUUAUCCUCGAGGCAUAUGACACAAAACCGGACGCUUCUGUGGAGUACCUUGUCGACAGAACCAUCCACCAUGGAAUCCUUCUGCCCACUUCCUCCUCCUCGCUCGAAUGGCAGCCAGCCAUCAUCGAUUCUGAGACGUCCAGCUACAAAAUGGCCCUACGACUGACCUGUUCGCCGCACCGUUUCGGCGAGGACUGUUCAAGAGAAUGCAAGCCGGAGCCGGACAGAUUCACCUGCGACAAACACGGGCACCGCAUCUGCGCUAGCGGAUGGAGCGGCAGCGAUUGCAGUCAGCCAAUUUGCCGCAAGGGCUGCCACAAAACCCAUGGAAGGUGCUCUGUGCCCGGCGAAUGCAGGUGUGCCAACGGCUGGAAGGGAGAGCUGUGCAACGAAUGCAUCACGUACCCGGGGUGUCGACACGGAACCUGCGACGACGCCCCGUUCACGUGCCGCUAUAUGGAUUACUGCGAGCGUCACAAGCCCUGCCUGAAUGGGGGCAUUUGCAAGAACACAAACAUCACCUCGCAGCCUUUUCAGUGCGUUUGUCCUCGCGGCUGGAGGGGCGAUACGUGUGAGAAGAAGUUGAAGGCGUGUGACCUGAAUCCCUGCAAACGUGGACACUGUCGCGAAAACUCCGACGGCGGUUUCGAAUGUGUCUGCGAGCCUGGCUGGCGAGGCGAUCUGUGCGAUCAAAAUAUCGAUUUCUGCGAGCAGAACAUCUGCAUGAACGGGGGCACGUGCCAGGACCUGGAUGGCCUGGGCUUCAGGUGCAUCUGCCCAAGGGGCUUCGGGGGCUCGGUGUGCCAGCUGCGCUCGCCCUGCCUCGACUCGCAGUGUGUCCACGCCCACAAGUGUACUCAACUCGCCACAGCCUCCAACGGCAUCAAACACGACUGCGUCUGCCUACCUGGCUGGACCGGUGAACUGUGCGAUCAAAAUAUCGACGACUGCGUGGACAAAUGCCUCAAUGGGGGAACUUGUCACGAUUUAAUUGGCGACUACUACUGCACGUGCCCCGACGGUUUUUCUGGGAGGAAUUGCGAAAUCAACCACAAAUGCGCCUCCAAUCCCUGCCAGAAUGGUGGCAUUUGUGUUGAAGUUGAAGGCGGAUUCGAGUGCGUCUGUCCGGAGGGUGUCACCGGUGACUUCUGUGAGCACGCAAAACGUGGAUGCGAUCCGAAUCCUUGCGAAAACCAGGCACCCUGUUACAACCUCACGCCGCACAACUACUUCUGCAAGUGCAAUGCAAGUUUCUUCGGCCGUCAUUGCGAGCACCCGCGUCCCUACUGCGGUCCUCAGGGGUGCAGCGGUCUGGUGGACCCCUGCUCCGACCACACCUCUCCAAUGCAGAUCCCCCUUCUCCCCGCAGUGACCUUCAACGCACAGUCGACGGCCGUGAUGACCGGGUCGUGUGGAGACCACGGCAUCUGCCUUCGGGAUCCCCAGACGGCCGAGCACUCGUGCUACUGCGAAAACGGCUACACCGGACGCUUCUGCCAGCAGAGGAAGGACACGUGCGCGGAGAUGAGGCAGCUCUGUCGAAACCAUGGAGUCUGUGUGAACGGCGACGCUGGAACCUUCCACUGCCUGUGCCCUGAGGGUUACACCGGCACAUUCUGUGAACGAGAAAAGCAGCCUUGUGGGGAGCAGCCGUGUCGGAAUGGCGGUUACUGUCAGCAGACAGAACCCGGAGUCUUCCAGUGUCGCUGCGCCGCCGGCUGGACUGGUCGGUGGUGCCACCUGCCGAACCUCAACCCCUGUGCCACAUCGGAGCCCUGCUACAACGGGGGCACCUGCGUGGAGGACAGCCUCAGUCCGAACGGGUUCUUUUGUCAAUGCACCACCGGAUGGAGUGGACAGUUCUGCCAAAAACGUUCUCCAGAAUACGACGCGUGCCGGAGCUCCAAGCCCUGCCGUAAUGGCGGCACUUGCAUCAGCGUUGGCAAGAAUUUUCGAUGUCUCUGUCCGCCGGGGUUCGCUGGACUGCACUGCGAGGAUGACAUUGACGAAUGCCAAAGCAAUCCAUGUCAGAAUGGAGGGAAAUGUCGCGACCUCGUGAACGGCUUUGAAUGCGAAUGUCCUGAGGGCUUCAUGGGCGCGGACUGUCGUCACAACAUUAACGAGUGCGUAACCCACCCCUGUGCCUACGGGGCUACGUGUGUGGACAAGAUUGGCACCUACGAGUGCGUCUGCCCCGAGGGUCGAAGCGGUCGGCACUGCGAGGAGGUGAGUCCCGAGGUGAAGCCGAAGCCACCGUCCUGCAGGUUCAACCACCGCAUCUUCGACCACGGCGAAAGGUGGGCCUGGCAGUGCGAGACCUGCGAGUGUGUGGAGGGCUCCAUCGUCUGCGAGCGGGAGUUUUGUGGCUACUGGUCAUGCCUGAACGCCGUUGGGGCAGAUGACCCCUACAAGUGUCGAGAUGGUGAGGUCUGCCACGUGCUCACACCGGCUGCUCAAUCACCGCUCUGCCUCACGCCACCGUGCUACGCUCGUGCGGUUUGCGUGAAUGCCACUCAAACGGCUCGACCCAGCCUCCUCACGCCCCUCGGCUUGCCCCCCGCGUUGCCAGGGUGUCGGCCCAACGCCGCCUUCUUGACCAAUCAGUGCGCGCGGAUCGGUGUCACAGUAGCCCGUACACGCCUGCCCUACGGGGUUUCCGUGGAGGACUUUUGCAACGCCGUCCGAGCUCUACCUGCCAUGCAGAAAAUGAAAUUAUCGACCAACGGGGGAGGUCUCUUGGGGAUGAGUUGCUUUGCUCACAAGGAAGUGUCACUGAUAAAUUUGCAAGUUUUCGGUUCGGAGGCUUAUCGACGAACACUCAUUGCAAUCACAUGCUUUGAAAUUACCCUCAGUUCGACAGACGAGCGCAUUCGCAAGAACGACGAAGGCAAGGAGUUUGUCUUUGUUCAACGCUUCGCCCAAACCAUCGCCGCCGCCAUCCGUCAGAACGCCUCCACGAACGUGACGCAUGAAGAGGCCGCUGGGGACACCCACCUGCCCUCAGUGGCUCUCAUGGUCGGCGCGAAAUCGCACGACUACUACUGGCACACCAUAAUACUCGGUGUGGCUGAAAUCAACGUCGAGACUGUGCUUGUGAAGGAUGACGAAACUCAAGUUAACCGCCGAUCUCUUGUCUCCUCGACAGCGCACAACCCACUCCUCGUGCCCCUCGCCUGCUCCCUGGUCGUGGCCGUGGGGGCCCUCUGCACUUUGAUCAUCUGCGUGUGCGCCCACCGCAAACACCAGGAACUGCUCGAGAGGUACUCCAAGAAGCCCUGCCCCGAGAACACCACCGCGGUGUCAAUUCAACAGCCACCACCUACCUACCAGCCGGGCGUCAUCUAUCCAACCCAACAACAAAGAAGCGUCAGAUGA